UCCCGAGCUCGGCCUCGACAGCCAUGGCCUCCCAACUAGGGCCACCGUCGCCGUCGCAGGCGCCGGCGAAGUAUGAUCCAGCGGCCACCACCAUCGCUGCCAUCGGCGACGACCUCCUCCGCGAGAUCUUCCUCCGCCUCCCCUCCCUCCCCAGCCUCGUCCGUGCCGCCCUCGCCUGCCGCACCUUCCUCCGCGCCGUCCGUUCGUCCCCCGCCUUCCGCCGCCGCUUCCAGGCGCUCCACCCGCCCCAGCUGCUUGGCUUCUUCAGCAACCCCUUCCGCACCGCCGUCCCUGCUUUCAUUCCCUUGCGAAGUCGCUACGACCCCGACCGCGCGGCAGCCGUCCGCGGCGCCGAUUUCGCCUUCACCCGCCUACCGGAACCGGAAGACGGUGACGACCGUCGGUGGGAGAUCAACGAGUGCAGCUCUGGCUACGUCAUCCUCCACAACGAGAACCCCGACCAGAUCACUGUCUACAACCCCCUCACGCAGGCGCUGGAUAUCUUCCCCUUCCCGCCUCAGGAGGCCUGCAAUCCCCACUAUCUUGAUUUCCGCAUCAUCUUCUCGGGAGACGACCCGAGGUCGUUCCGUGUGGUAUGUGUUCGUCGCCGCAGGCGGCGGCGGCGGACCAUGGUUCGCUUCUCUGUCUUCUCGUCAGACAGCAGGGAGUGGCAGGGUUUCUCGUGGUUGGACACCUCAAUGCCGCAGUCCGGGGAUGAUGGAGGUGAUAAGACCAUGCUCUCGCCUUACACUGCUACGCCGACGGAUGAAUUUGAUAGAUUAGUCUACUGGAAACACAGAAGCCAACCAUAUAUAGUCGUCCUCAAUGCUGCGACGCUGCAGUUAUCUCGAAUCGAUUUGCCGCCGCCCUUGAAAGAUAUAGACAACACACAAUUUAGGCUUGGUCCGACCAAGGAUGGUAAGCUCUCUAUUGUUUUCAUAGAUGAUCAAUUUGCAGACAAAGGAAUGCCCUCUGUUUGGUGUUGGAGAGCCGAUGGUAUUGGUGACGGUGCUGAGAAAUGGACGCCACACAAGACUUUCCCACUGGACAAAUUUAUUGAUUUCACCAUGCAUUCAGAAGAGUAUGAUGUCGCAGCGCAGGUUGUGGACGUCAUAGGUGGCUUUUUGUACCUAUGCAUUUAUGAUGGGUCUACCUUGUGCUUCCUAUCCUUCUGCCUGGAAACAGAGAAGGUAAACGAGCUCUUCGAUAACAGAGUUGACUGCGGUGUCCAGCCCUACAUCAUGGCAUGGCCUCCUUCUUUGGUAUGCAACAAGGAGGAUCCAGAAACCAAAGUUACGGGAGACAGUGUGGUGGAUGAUGAUCAUGUGGGCACAGAAGAAACUCCCUCUGUUCUUCUCACAGCAUUGCAAUCAUAUAAAGAAGCUCUGAUUAAUGGCGAUGGGGCAAAAGUUGCAGAGAUAGAGGCAUUUCUACUUUCUAUCGAGGAUGAGAAGAAGGCUCUUGUGAGAAAAAUCACUAUUCUAGAUGCAGAAUUAACAAAUGCGAGAGAUCGUAUCUUGAAGAUAAGUGCCGAAUGCAAUGACCACAGGAGAAGGGCAGAAAUGGAUAGGUGAUGACAAAUGUGGACGGGGAAAAUGAGUCUAUUACCAAUUUGCCAGUUGAACCACCUCUUCAGAGUGACCAUGUUUCGAUGACAUGAACUUUUGUUCAUGUGCGUUGAUAUUUCAGUUUUUGGAUCAUAGGAUAGCAAGGGAAUACUGGGGACAAUGAGUGUAACCAUCAGUAUCAAACCAUGAGCUUUAUCUUCCUUGAGGUUGCUAUUUUACUGUACAUCAUUGAGUCGAGAUCCACUUUGAUAUUUAGUUUGAGUACCUCUCUGUUGUAGGUCUACUCUUUUUAUCUUUUCAUUGGUCAUGUCUUUUUAUUAUUUGUCUCUAGUCUUAUGUCCUUCGUAACUUUGCUUUUUCCAUUAUGGUACUAGUCAGUUUCCUUCUGAUUGAUUUUACAUCUGAAACGGGUAACUCUGCCACUGAAGGUGCAGCGAUUUUGUUUUAAGCGCACCACUAACCCGUUUGAUGUCUACUAGACAGAGAAUUGAGCUUCUUCGCAUACCUUGAAAAGUAAGAUAUUAAAACUGAUGAAACACUAAGCAUACAAGUAAAAUUACAUCACCAUGCAACUCAUUCUGAAGUAUUCCAACAGAAGAAGCUCUAAAGUUGACACCUUGCUCCGAAACUGGAGUAUAUCAUAGGAUUGUGCCUCCCCAUGUGUCCAUUUAAUUUUGCACAUGGAUGUUUGUGGCUGCCAGUAAACCUGAUAGUGCUGAUAUGAUCACUUGAGUAGAUGAACAUGAGAUAAUCGUUCUGUUGUUUUCUAAUAGAACUGUUGUCUUAUCGAUGCAGUAAUUCCUGGGGAAUCUUCUGGGUUGUUUCUUUCGUGAUAUCUUAUACCGAAUUCUUCCACUGGACAAGGGAGACAAAAUUGUGUGCCGUCAUAUCCAAGGAUGCCUUCUGGAUGGCAGAAGGUGUGUCCGCUGAAAGCUCCCAUUGAGUAUUGAUAAUCUGAUAUCUAGUGUAAGGCUACAAGGUAGGUGCAUUCUCAAUUGGCAGGCCAUUCCUUAAGCAGUGGUUUUGCAUGUUUGUGUUGCCAUAAUCUUGCACACGGAAAUAUACCGUUAUGACAUGAAUAAGGACUAGGUUUCUUACAAGGAUUUCUUUGUAUGUGCUUAUUGUGUGAUGAAUAAGGAACGAUUUGCUAGGCAAUGGGAUCUUUCAUCCUUCC